UUGACAGAUGCUCAUCGCCAUGGAGUUGCCGCAGCACCACCUUUGGGGGCUCGGGCGAGCCACCGGACGAGCCGGGAUCUGAGCGAGCGCCACCCGGGGCUAAGCCGAGCCGGAGCCGGAGCCGGAGCCGGGACAUGGAUCUAAUCUCUUCUGAACACCUCUCCAUGUGUCCAUCCCUGGGACUCUGAACCCAGCAAUUGGAUUACUUUGUUCUUGGAAUUUUGGGUGUCUUCUCUUUUCACCUUUUUCUUCUCCCUCCCCCUCCUGAGAACUCCUGAAGACUAUAGGAUUGUCAUGGAGUCCAGGGAAAUUUUAAGCAGCUCCCGACAGAGAGGGGGCGAAUCAGAAUUCCUGCCUGGUUCCUCAGGCAAGUCCCCGGCUGCUACUAGCUGUGUAGCAGAACCCUUGCUCUCUGCUCCAGGACCUGGGAAGGGCAUCCCUGUGGGUGGAGAACGCAUGGAGCCAGAGGAAGAGGAUGAAUUGGGCUCAGGGCGUGAUGUGGAUUCCAACUCCAAUGCAGACAGUGAGAAAUGGGUGGCUGGAGAUGGCUUGGAAGAGCAGGAGUUUUCCAUCAAGGAGGCGAACUUCACUGAAGGCAGUCUCAAGUUGAAGAUUCAGACCACAAAGCGGGCUAAGAAACCCCCCAAAAAUCUGGAGAACUAUAUAUGCCCCCCUGAGAUCAAGAUCACAAUAAAGCAGUCUGGGGACCAGAAGGUGUCCCGUGCUGGAAAAAAUAGCAAAGCUACUAAGGAGGAAGAUAGAAGCCACUCCAAAAAGAAGCUCCUCACAACCAGUGACCUUGCAGCCAGUGACCUCAAAGGAUUUCAGCCACAGGCUUAUGAGAGGCCCCAGAAACACUCAACACUCCAUUUCGACCCAAGCCUCCCACAGGGCUUCACCAGUGACACCUUAAAACCAAAGCACCAGCAAAAAAGCAGCAGCCAGAACCACGUGGACUGGUCCACCACCUCUGAGAGUGGACCCACCACUCAGAAUUGUUUCAUCAGUCCGGAGUCUGGUAGAGAUACUACAAACACCAGCAAGAUCCCAGCUCUUGAGCCUGUGGCUUCUUUUGCAAAAGCCCAGAGUAAGAAAGGAAGCUCAGGGAGCCCCUGGAGUCAGUUGUCCAACAGCAGCAAAGAUCUGCUCUUGGGAGGUGUGGUACCCUCCCCCAGCAAUCACAGCUCCCCUGCGCCCCCCAGCAGCUCUGCUGAGUGCAAUGGGAUUCAGCCCUUGGGAGAUCAAGAAGGAAGUAGUUCAAAGGAGCCCCCAGAACCUCCUACUACAGGUAGCAAGAAGAAGUCCAGUAAAAAGGAUGUGAUAAGUCAAACUAUACCAAACCCAGAUCUGGAAUGGGUCAAGAGUGCUCAGAAAGCAUUUGACAACCCAGAAGGCAGCAGGGAGGGCUACUCUGCGGAGAGCGUCCAAGAGGCCUCGCCAGCCAGGCAGAGCGUGAAUCCUGUCAGUAAUCCUGAAAGUGAUUCCAGUCAUGUCCGGAUUACCAUCCCCAUCAAGUCACCCUCUCUGGAUCCAGCCAGCCAUAAGAGGAAAAAGAGACAGUCCAUGAAAGCAGCGGGAGAAAAGACCAUCCCCGAGAAAACACUGGCUUCUGGCAUUGCGCUGAGCAGUGAAGUGGUAAGCAGGAUACUUUCCAACUCUGAGGGACAUAAGAAAGACUCGCGUGUCCCUAAGUUGGGUAAAAUGAUAGAGAACGAGUCUCCCGCAGUUGCUCUUGAAACAAGUGGGAACAUAGAGAAAAGUGCCCCCGGAGGUAUGUCUAAGCAGCGGAAACCACCCGUGAUCAUGGCAUCUCCAACAUGCACAGAUCAUUCUCCCUCGAGAAAGAUGCCAGAGAUCCAACACCCCAAGUUUGCUGCAAAACGGAGGUGGACGUGCAGCAAACCCAAACCUACCAGUAUGCUUCGAGAGGCCGUCAUGGCCACUUCGGAUAAACUAAUGGUGGAACCACCAUCUGCUUAUCCCAUCACGCCGUCCAGCCCUCUGUACACCAACACAGACAGUCUUACUGUGAUCACUCCGGUCAAAAAGAAGCGGGGACGACCAAAGAAGCAGCCUUUGCUCACAGUGGAGACAAUUCACGAGGGCACUUCUACCAGCCCGGUGAGUCCCAUCAGCAGAGAGUUUCCUGGCACCAAGAAAAGAAAGAGACGGCGUAAUUUAGCUAAACUGGCCCAGCUUGUGCCCGGAGAGGACAAACCCAUGAGCGAGAUGAAGUUUCACAAGAAGGUUGGAAAGCUUGGUGUGUUGGAUAAGAAGACCAUCAAGACGAUCAACAAGAUGAAGACCCUGAAGAGGAAAAAUAUCUUGAACCAGAUCUUGUCAUGUUCCAGCAGCAUGGCUCUGAAAGCCAAGGCUCCCCCGGAGACCAGCCCCGGGGCAGCGGCGAUUGAAAGCAAACUGGGCAAGCAGAUUAAUGUCAGCAAGAGGGGAACCAUCUACAUUGGCAAGAAGAGGGGCAGGAAGCCAAGAACCGAACUGCCACCCCCUUCCGAAGAACCCAAAAUAGCCAUCAAGCACCCCAGGCCUGUUUCUAGCCAGCCGGAUGUUCCAGCCGUGCCUUCCAACUUCCAGUCCCUCGUGGCGUGUUCACCAGCAGCUAUGCACCCCCUUUCCACACAGUUAGGUGGGUCCAAUGGCAACCUGAGCCCAGCCAGCACUGAAACCAAUUUUUCAGAGUUGAAAACAAUGCCAAAUCUGCAACCCAUCAGUGCUCUUCCAACCAAAACCCAAAAGGGAAUUCACAGUGGGACCUGGAAGCUGUCUCCACCCAGGCUGAUGGCCAACUCCCCCUCACACCUCUGCGAGAUUGGCUCGCUGAAGGAAAUCACACUGUCCCCUGUGAGCGAGUCCCACAGUGAGGAGACCAUCCCAAGCGACAGUGGGAUCGGGACAGACAACAACAGCACGUCUGACCAAGCAGAAAAGAGCUCCGAGUCCCGACGGAGGUACUCCUUUGACUUCUGUUCUCUGGAUAACCCCGAAGCCAUUCCAUCAGACACCAGCACCAAGACCCGGCAUGGCCACCGGCAGAAGCAUCUCAUGGUAGACACCUUUCUGGCCCACGAAAGCCUCAAGAAACCAAAGCACAAGAGAAAAAGGAAAAGCCUGCAAAACCGGGAUGACCUCCAGUUCCUGGCUGAGCUGGAAGAGCUCAUCACCAAAUUCCAAGUGUUCAGGAUCUCUCAUCGGAGCUAUACCUUUUACCAUGAGAAUCCAUAUCCCAGCAUCUUCCGGAUUAAUUUCGACCACUACUACCCGGUGCCCUAUAUCCAGUACGAUCCAUUGCUCUAUCUUCGCAGGACUUCAGACUUGAAGUCCAAGAAGAAGCGCGGUAGGCCUGCCAAAACCAAUGACACCAUGACAAAGGUGCCUUUUUUACAAGGGUUCAGCUACCCUAUUCCCAGUGGAAGUUACUAUGCACCCUAUGGAAUGCCUUACACAUCAAUGCCUAUGAUGAACCUUGGUUACUACAGUCAGUACCCGGCUCCCCUGUACCUGUCACACACGCUGGGAGCAACUUCCCCAUUCAUGAGGCCCACCGUGCCGCCACCUCAGUUCCACACGGGCUCCCACGUCAAGAUGUCCGGGGCCGUCAAGCAUAAAGCCAAGCAUGGGGUGCACCUGCAGGGAGCAGUCGGCAUGAGCCUGGGCGACAUCCAGCCAUCCCUGAACCCUCCCAAGGUGGGUGGGGCCGCCCUGUCGGGCAGCCGGCUCCACAAGAGGAAACACAAACAUAAGCACAAGCACAAGGAGGAGCGACUCCUGGGGACCCACGACAACCUGAGCGGUCUCUUUGCGGGCAAAGGCGCGGGCUUCUCCAGCCACCUCCUGGGCGAGCGUCUGGGCAGCGGCGGCGGGGCGGACAAGGAGCUCCCGCUGGUGAGCGAGAAGGGCAAGCAUAAGGACAAGCAGAAGCAUCAGCACGGCGAUGCCGGCCACAAAGCCGCCAAGAGCAACUUUGAGGUGGACACCCUGUCCACGCUGUCACUCUCUGACGCCCAGCACUGGACGCAAGCCAAGGACAAAGGCGACUCGAGCAGCGAGCCUGCGGACUCCUGUUCUAAAAGGUACUCGGGCGGCGGCGGCGGCGGCGGAGACAGCAGCAGCGCAAGGGCAGACAGCCUGGACGUGUUCAGCGAGAUGAACCCUUCCAACGACAAGUGGGACAGCGAUGUGGCUGGGAGUAAAAGGAGGAGCUUUGAAGGCUUUGGGACGUACAGGGAGAAGGACAUCCAAGCCUUCAAGAUGACCCGCAAGGAAAGGAGUUCCUAUGACUCCUCCAUGUCUCCAGGAAUGCCAAGCCCCCACUUAAAAGUGGACCAGAUGGCAGCACACAGUAAGAGCGAGGUCUCUGCAUCCACCAUGAUGACCAGGAAGAAGCCAGCUGCAGUGGACAGUGUCACAAUGCCACCCGCCCCUGUGUUAUCCCUGCUUGCCGCAUCUGCAGCCACGUCGGACGCAGCCAGCGCCUCCCUGAAGAAGCGAUUCAAGCGGCGGGAGAUCGAAGCCAUCCAGUGCGAAGUGCGGAAGAUGUGCCACUACACCAAGAUCCUGUCCACCAAGAAGAAUUUGGACCACGUCAACAAGAUUCUGAAGGCCAAGAGGCUGCAGAGACAAUCAAAGACAGGCAACAACUUCGUUAAGAAGAGGAGAGGGCGGCCCAGGAAGCAGGCCACCCAGUUCGACGAGGACUCCAGAGACCAAAUGCCCGUGCUGGAAAAAUGCAUCGACUUGCCAAGCAAAAGAGGCCAGAAGCCCAGCCUGAGCCCGCUCGUGCUGGAGCCAGUGGCGGCCAGCCAGGACGCGGUGAUGGCCACCAUCGAGGCGGUCAUCCACAUGGCCCGGGAGGCACCGCCCCUGCCCCCGCCGCCCCCGCCACUGCCCCCGCCGCCCCCGCCGCCGCCGCCCCCACCUCUGCCCAAGGCGGCCCGGGGCGGCAAGAGGAAGCAUCCUCCGCAUCCUCCCGCGCAGAGCGCGCAGCAGCAGCCGCCGCCGCCGGCGCAGCAGCCCCUGCCCCCGGAGGAGGAGGUGAAGGCCAAAAGGCCCAGGAAGUCCCGGGCGAGCGAGAGCGACGUCCUUCCCUAGGGAGGACCUGGAGUCCGGACCUGGAAGGGCCUGUGGCGUGCUGAGUUCAGCAAGGCAGGGCCAGGGGCAUUGCCA